CUUGGCCAUCCUCUGUAUCCUUCUAUACCCCUCUCGUUCUAUCUACAGGAAGCAGAGGACAAUAUAGACAGCUAGAAUAGCUCUGAAGCAUCUCUAGUUACAUUCUAUAUACUUCACUACUGUUCUCAGACCUCUCUGCGCCAUGGCUGACGAUCCAUCUAAGUUCAAGGAAGAGGAUGCUACCGCUACCGCUAUUCUGCGACAGAAACGAUCGCCCAAUCGGUUAAUGGUCGAUGAAUCCCCUUCAGAUGACAACAGUGUGGCCAUUCUGCAUCCCAACACGAUGGAGGCAUUGGGACUGUUCCGGGGAGAUACUGUGAUCGUUCGAGGAAAGCGAAGGAGAGAUACAGUCCUCAUUUGUCUCAGUCAAGAUGAUAUCGAGGAGGGAAAGAUUGCGCUGAACAAAGUGGCAAGAGGCAACUGUGCCAUCAAGCUUGGUGACCUCGCACACGUUUCCCCAGCCAACGACAUCAAGUACGGAAAGAGAAUCCAUGUCCUACCAUUUGCCGACUCGAUCGAGGGGCUGUCUGGAAACCUCUUCGAUGUCUACCUGAAACCCUACUUCCUCGAGGCGUACCGACCGGUACGAAAAGGAGAUGUGUUCCAGGUUCGAGGAGGAAUGAGGACAGUUGACUUUAAGGUCGUCGAAGUUGAUCCAUCCCCCUACUGCAUUGUCGCAUCCGAUACCGUCAUUCACACUGAAGGAGAUCCCAUCGACAGAGAAGCCGAGGAGGCUGAUCUCAACGCGGUCGGUUACGAUGACCUUGGAGGAUGCCGGAAGCAAUUGGCAAAGAUUCGAGAACUCGUCGAACUUCCUCUCCGUCAUCCCCAGCUUUUCAAGGCGAUCGGUAUCAAACCUCCCCGUGGUAUCCUCAUGUUUGGACCCCCCGGUACUGGUAAAACAUUGAUGGCUCGAGCCGUUGCCAACGAGACCGGAGCAUUCUUCUUCCUUAUCAAUGGCCCUGAGAUCAUGUCGAAGAUGGCUGGAGAAUCGGAAUCUAACCUGCGAAAGGCUUUCGAGGAAGCGGAGAAGAACAGUCCAGCGAUCAUCUUCAUCGACGAGAUCGACUCCAUUGCACCCAAGAGAGAAAAGACGAACGGAGAAGUUGAGCGACGUGUUGUCUCACAGCUUUUGACAUUGAUGGAUGGUCUCAAAUCUCGAUCCAAUGUCGUCGUCAUGGCCGCUACCAAUCGACCUAACUCGAUCGACCCCGCUCUCCGACGAUUUGGACGUUUCGAUCGAGAGGUCGACAUUGGUAUUCCCGACCCUACUGGACGACUGGAAAUUCUCCGGAUCCACACCAAGAACAUGAAGCUUGCGGACGAUGUCGACUUGGAGCAGAUUGCCGCUGACACGCACGGAUAUGUCGGCGCUGACAUGGCUUCUCUCUGUUCCGAAGCUGCCAUGCAGCAGAUUCGAGAAAAGAUGGACCUCAUCGAUCUCGAUGAAGAGACCAUUGAUGCUGAAGUCCUUGACUCGCUCGGUGUUACCAUGGAGAACUUCAGAUUCGCCCUUGGCACCAACAAUCCCUCUGCUCUCCGAGAAACUGUCGUCGAGAUCCCCACUACCAAGUGGGACGAUAUUGGUGGUCUCGAAAAGGUCAAACUCGAACUUCAAGAGACUGUCCAAUAUCCCGUCGAACACCCCGAAAAGUUCCUCAAAUACGGCAUGUCCCCCUCCAAGGGUGUCUUGUUCUAUGGACCUCCUGGUACCGGUAAAACCAUGCUUGCCAAGGCCAUCGCCAACGAAUGUCAGGCAAACUUCAUCUCGAUCAAGGGUCCAGAGCUCCUCACCAUGUGGUUUGGAGAAUCCGAAGCCAAUGUCAGGGAUGUCUUUGACAAAGCCCGUGCUGCUGCUCCUUGCGUCAUGUUCUUUGAUGAGCUGGACUCCAUUGCCAAGUCUCGAGGAGGUGGUGGCGGAGGUGAUGCGGGUGGUGCCAGUGACCGAGUCCUCAACCAGAUCCUGACGGAAAUGGACGGUAUGAACGCCAAGAAGAAUGUCUUUAUCAUUGGAGCCACCAACCGACCUGACCAGAUUGACUCCGCUCUCUUGCGACCCGGGCGUCUGGAUCAACUGAUCUACAUCCCUUUGCCCGAUGAGGCCUCUCGACUGUCUAUCCUCAAGGCUACGUUGCGAAAAUCCCCCAUUGCCGAAGGUGUCGAUCUCCAAUACCUCGCCAAAGCCACCGCUGGAUUCUCAGGUGCCGAUCUUACAGAGAUUUGUCAACGUGCUGCCAAGUUGGCCAUUCGAGCCAGUAUUGAGGCCGACAUGCGCAAAGACCGCGAGCGCAAAGAGAAACAAGAGGCAGAAGGAGAUGCUGGUGACGUCGAUCUCAUGGACGAAGAGAAUGAGGAGGACGAGGUUCCAGCCAUCUCAGUCGAGCACUUUGAGGAGGCUAUGCGGUUCGCCCGGCGAUCAGUCUCAGAUGCCGAUAUUCGGAGGUACGAAAUGUUCAGCACGACUUUGCAGCAAUCGAGAAGCUUCGGCAACGCCUUCAAGUUCCCCGAAGCUGGACAGGCCGACAACGGAGGCGCGACCUUCCAGAACGAGGCAGACGACGACGACUUGUACGCCUGAUUGGCAUCGACAUUUUCCUGUUUUCAAAAGAUUCGACGAGACCCUCUGAAAGCUGUAGAAUUUGGUUCUUACAACAUGCAUCCAAUGA